UAAACUUACUUCCAAACACCCCCUUGCAUCAUGACUGACGUGUCCGACUUCUAACUUCCUAGUAUCUUCAUUCUGUCCUCCUCUCUGCUCUGGUCUCCUGAUAUUAGCUGUAAUAAAAUACAUAACAGAUAGAUUCAUUGAAGUUUUUGAUUGAUAAAUCAGCCAAAAUGGAGGCAAAUUUUGCACAAAGAAUGCAAAUUUCGACAACAUGGAUUGAUACAGGCAAUCUUGCAAGAAAACCAACUGGUUUUCUACGGUUUUCGGGGAGAUUAAAGGAGCAGAAGAGACUCCAAGUGUUUGUUUCUGCUCAGUUUCGACCUGUAAGAGAUGAAAAUCGACAUAGAUUGGCUUCUUUUGAGGUUUCUUGUUCUUAUAACAAUUCUCGAGUUUCGACGUUGGAAUCUGAGAGUCUCCAGGAUUUGCUUGACGAUGAAGCUUUGAUUUUGAAGAAUAAGUCGCAGGAGAUUGAGCCCUAUUUAAACGGACGCUGUAUAUAUCUUGUUGGAAUGAUGGGCUCUGGAAAAACAACAGUGGGAAAGAUUCUCUCGCAAGCAAUUCAUUAUUCAUUCUGUGACAGUGACACAUUGGUGGAGAAGGAUGUUGGUGUGACUUCUGUAGCUGAAAUAUUUCAAAUAUAUGGAGAGGAUUUCUUCAGAGAUAAAGAGACUGAGGCAUUAGAAAAGCUAUCACUAGAGCACCGAUAUGUUGUUUCUACUGGUGGAGGUGCUGUGAUACAGGAUGAAAACUGGACGUACAUGAGGAAGGGGAUUAGUGUCUGGUUAGAUGUGCCUUUGGAAGAAUUGGCACAGAGGAUUGCGGCUGUAGGAACCAAGACUCGCCCCCUUUUGGAUAGAGAGCCAGGAGAUGCAUACACUAAGGCAUUCAGGCGUCUGUCUGCUCUGUUUGAACAGAGAUAUAAAGCUUAUGAAAAUGCUAAUGCAAGGGUUUCUCUGGAAAAUAUUGCAGCCAAACUGGGAUAUAAAGAUGUAUCCAAUAUCACACCACCUAUGAUUGCGAUUGAGGCAAUUGAACAAAUUGGAAAUAUCCUGUAGGACCUAAGUGGCAUGUCUGCAAUGGGAUUCUAUUUUAACAACCUCUAAUUAUGGCACUUCAUGAUUUUCUUCGUGGUUGGAUUGCUUCUCAUGCCAUGUUUCCAUUUCUUGAGUUGUAGAACAUGGCUUGGGUGAUGCAUUACACGCAGCAGGUUUCCGUCUUUUACCAGUGUAAGAGAGGUUUUGCAAAGUUGAAUUGUGCAUAUGGUUGGCGCCACUUGAUCAUAUAUAUGCCAUGGGAUCAGAUAAAGGUUAGAGAUUAAGCAUAUGCUGUUGAUUUUUGUCUUGUGGAUUCCUACCUGGCCCAUGUAUCCAAGGAUUUUCUUGCAAGUGAACUGAGGAUUAUAUUUUCCAGUAUAUAUAUACUAUAUUGCUGGACGUUUCUAUA